CGAGGGGACCAAUGAAAUCAAACCUGGGCUUCCAGCGUAACCAGCGAGAUUGACGUGGAGGACGCGUAAAAUUAAUCCGACAGAACUUCAGCCUCCGGAAUAGGCAAAUUUCCCUCUAUCGGAUGAGGAUCGCUUCGGCGCCUGUAUUCCGCACAGCUAUUUUCGCCCCGACAAAAGUGAGAGGAAAGCGCUGAGCUCGGAUCGGCUGAAAACUCGCCUCGUUGUUUUUGCCUGUGAAAGCUGGAGACUCAGCGCGUGCAGCCAUUAAAGGACAAAUAUUCCCAAGAAAGCAUCUCGAAACGCGAGCAGAUGGAGCAAACCUAUGGCGAGGUAAACCAGUUAGGCGGCGUGUUUGUUAAUGGAAGACCACUGCCUAACGCUAUACGCCUGAGAAUCGUGGAACUGGCUCAACUCGGAAUACGACCCUGUGACAUCAGUAGACAGCUCCGGGUCUCCCACGGCUGUGUGAGCAAGAUCCUGGCUAGGUACAACGAAACCGGCUCCAUUUUACCUGGAGCCAUCGGAGGAAGCAAACCCCGGGUCACAACUCCGAAUGUGGUGAAAAACAUAAGGGAAUACAAACAAGGCGACCCGGGGAUUUUCGCCUGGGAGAUCCGGGACAGGCUUCUUGCAGACGGUGUUUGUGACAAGUACAACGUUCCCUCCGUCAGCUCCAUAAGCCGCAUUUUAAGGAACAAGAUUGGAAAUCUCUCUCAACCGAACCAGUAUGAAAGUGGAAAGCAUCCGCCCCCACAGACUGCUCUGUCCUAUAACCACAUUUACCCCUAUUCGUACCCCAAUACGAUGUCACCGACUGGGAAUCCCCCUGGAGUGCCAGUCACGGCGGGACACGUUAGCUUAUCGAGAGCCUGGCCCUCGGCACACACCGUCAGCAACAUUUUAGGUAUAAGAGCCUUCAUGGAUCCCGCAGCGAUUGCUGGAGCCGAUGGGUACCCUACGAAAAUGGAGGACUGGGGUGGUGUAAACAGAACGGGUUUCCCAUCUUCUCACGGUGUCAACGGAAUCGACAAAUCAGCUAUUGAUGCCGAUAUCAAAUACCCGCAGCAAUCAUCAACUCUGUCCAGUUACGUCUCAGCUUGCGCCUAUUCUCCGUCAAAUCAGUACGGGGUUUAUAGCGGGCCGGCAGGUAGCUACGUGACCCCGGGACACUGGCAGUCUCAGGGUGCAGGCCUGUCCCACCCCGGAAGUGGGAUGACGAUGCACGGGGGCGAGAUCCACUCUCCGGUGGUAUUCAAGCACCCAUCACGAGACGAAGACAGAAAACCGCCCACUCCUUUAAGCAAGCAACACCACGAGGCGCUGAACAGCGUACAUGGACUGAGUCUUCCUACCUCAUCGUCAUAGCCCAGAGACGUCACUGCAGCCACACCAGGAACUUAAAAUCAUAUAAUGCAGCAGACCCUUAUUUAGUUGAGCGCAUUUCAAGAAUCCAAACAGUAAGUGAAAGCACUGUAUUUAUGAUUUGCCAGUUGAAGUGUUAACUGUAGGUAGGGCCCAUUUAGCUUACUGUCCUGACGCAUGCGCAUGCAAUACAGCCUUCCCAGUGAGCCUUCGUCUGAAACAGAAUUUGUGUAAAAUUACAAAGAGGAUGUAUAACUGUAUAGUAGCUUUCUCUCGAUAAUAGGUGUUGGUGGUUGGUAGUUUAUCCCAUCAUCUCAUUAAACUUAUGCACAUAUAUUUUUUAAAAAAUUGUGAAAUCGAAAUUUCAAGAACUGUCACAUAGAAUGCCGUACGCAAUAAAGAAUUCCAUUGACUUUGUAUCAUAAAAAGCCCUACCUUUUCUCUAUUAUUAAAAUUCUGGUUUGUGCAAAAAAAUACAAAACAGCAAGGUCGACGAUGUGAACAAAGUUAGCGAUUGUAAAUGUAACAUAUUUACAAAGGCUUUAGUUAUAUAUUUUUAUAAAUCAUUUGUAAAUGUGCUGAAUAAAGGCAACUCAGACAUCA